GCUCUGAUUCCGCAGGAUUUACAAGCCUCAUUACUGGAAAGAGUCUAAGGCUCUCUUGGCACAAGCGGCGGAACAAGAAAUGUUCACUGGACAAUAAAACUUUCGGUUUACGGAGUAAAAUAAAAGCACGGCCUUCGUUUUACAGGGUGAUGAACCUGCCCCUGAAUUAAUGAGGGGCGAUCCAUUUCCAUGGCUUAGAGUCUGGCAAGGUUCCAUGCAGACAAGAUUGCGGCAGAUCUGCAGUCACUUCAGACUGGGUGGGGUAUCCAAGUCCAUAGAAGAGCAAAUUCUCACCCUUAGCGGCUGCUGUGGAAGCUACUGGGGCUGGGACAGCAGAGAAGAACCCAGACGGGAGCACCGCCCUCCCGCCAGAUUCCCGGCGGCUCCUCCUCCCUCUCCCAAACCCACUCCCAAAGCUAAGGGCAGUCUUCCCCGUUCCAGGCAGAAGCGCUGCGUGAGUCUCCACACGUAGCCGCAGGCAGCUCCUUAAAUAGCGUCCGAGCUGAGCAAACAGUCCAGACGUGGGGCCCAGGAGGGCGAGUGGAGGCGACCGCACCGGGCGCGCAGCGGCGGCGGGUCAGCGGGCGGCCAAUAGCCAGGGCUCGGCCCGCCCCGUCACCUCCCCUCGGGGAGCCUAUAAGGCCACUGCAGCGCCCCGGGCGCCUGCUGCUCCGCGCCUCCGCCGACUACCUGACUCUGCCGCGUUACGCGCAGCUCACGCUGCCGGCCCCGCGCCUUGCCCACCCGCUCCCGCCCGCAAUCGCUAGCCCAGGGCGGACCCGGGUGUCUGCGCUCUCGCGAGAAGUGCGGCGCUGCGGGGCCGUGGGCGCCUGAGCCCGCGCGGCCCUCGAGGGCCGAACAUGGGGGUGCGCACGGUGAAGCCUCAGCUGCUGCUCCUGGCGCUAGUCCUCCACCCCUGGAAUUCCUAUCUGGGUGCAGACUCGGAGAAGCCCUCGAGCAUCCCCACAGAUAAAUUAUUAGUCAUAACUGUAGCAACAAAAGAAAGUGAUGGAUUCCAUCGAUUUAUGCAGUCAGCCAAAUAUUUCAAUUAUACUGUGAAGGUCCUUGGUCAAGGAGAAGAAUGGAGAGGUGGUGAUGGAAUUAAUAGUAUUGGAGGGGGCCAGAAAGUGAGAUUAAUGAAAGAAGUCAUGGAACACUAUGCUGAUCAAGAUGAUCUGGUUGUCAUGUUUACUGAAUGCUUUGAUGUCAUAUUUGCUGGUGGUCCAGAAGAAGUUCUAAAAAAAUUCCAAAAGGCAAACCACAAAGUGGUCUUUGCAGCAGAUGGAAUUCUGUGGCCAGAUAAAAGACUAGCAGACAAAUAUCCUGUUGUGCACAUUGGGAAACGCUAUCUGAAUUCAGGAGGAUUUAUUGGCUAUGCUCCAUAUAUCAACCGUAUAGUUCAACAAUGGAAUCUCCAGGAUAAUGAUGAUGAUCAGCUCUUUUACACGAAAAUUUACAUUGAUCCACUGAAAAGGGAAGCUAUUAACAUCACAUUGGAUCACAAAUGCAAAAUUUUCCAGACCUUAAAUGGAGCUGUAGAUGAAGUUGUUUUAAAAUUUGAAAAUGGCAAAGCCAGAGCUAAGAAUACAUUUUAUGAAACAUUACCAGUGGCGAUUAAUGGAAAUGGACCCACCAAGAUUCUCCUGAAUUAUUUUGGAAACUAUGUACCCAAUUCAUGGACACAGGAUAAUGGCUGCACUCUUUGUGAAUUUGAUACGAUCGACUUGUCUGCAGUAGAUGUCCAUCCAAACGUAACAAUAGGUGUUUUUAUUGAGCAACCAACACCUUUUCUACCUCGGUUUCUGGACAUAUUGUUGACACUGGAUUACCCAAAAGAAGCACUUAAACUUUUUAUUCAUAACAAAGAAGUUUAUCAUGAAAAGGACAUCAAGGUAUUUUUUGAUAAAGCUAAGCAUGAAAUCAAAACUAUAAAAAUAGUAGGACCAGAAGAAAAUCUAAGUCAAGCAGAAGCCAGAAACAUGGGAAUGGACUUUUGCCGUCAGGAUGAAAAGUGUGAUUAUUACUUUAGUGUGGAUGCAGAUGUUGUUUUGACAAAUCCAAGGACUUUAAAAAUUUUGAUUGAACAAAACAGAAAGAUCAUUGCUCCUCUUGUAACUCGUCAUGGAAAGCUGUGGUCCAAUUUCUGGGGAGCAUUGAGUCCUGAUGGAUACUAUGCACGAUCUGAAGAUUAUGUGGAUAUUGUUCAAGGAAAUAGAGUAGGAGUAUGGAAUGUACCAUACAUGGCUAAUGUGUACUUAAUUAAAGGAAAGACACUCCGAUUAGAGAUGAAUGAAAGGAAUUAUUUUGUUCGUGAUAAACUGGAUCCUGAUAUGGCUCUUUGCCGAAAUGCUAGAGAAAUGACUUUACAAAGGGAAAAAGACUCCCCUACUCCGGAAACAUUCCAAAUGCUCAGCCCCCCAAAGGGUGUGUUUAUGUACAUUUCUAAUAGACAUGAAUUUGGAAGGCUGUUAUCCACUGCUAAUUACAAUACUUCUCAUUAUAACAAUGACCUCUGGCAGAUUUUUGAAAAUCCUGUGGACUGGAAGGAAAAGUAUAUAAACCGUGAUUAUUCAAAGAUUUUCACUGAAAAUAUAGUUGAACAGCCCUGUCCAGAUGUCUUUUGGUUCCCCAUAUUUUCUGAAAAAGCCUGUGAUGAAUUAGUAGAAGAAAUGGAACAUUACGGCAAAUGGUCUGGGGGAAAACAUCAUGAUAGCCGUAUAUCUGGUGGUUAUGAAAAUGUCCCAACUGAUGAUAUCCACAUGAAGCAAGUUGAUCUGGAGAAUGUAUGGCUUCAUUUUAUCCGGGAGUUCAUUGCACCAGUUACACUGAAGGUCUUUGCAGGCUACUAUACGAAGGGAUUUGCACUACUGAAUUUUGUAGUAAAAUACUCCCCUGAAAGACAGCGUUCUCUUCGUCCUCAUCAUGAUGCUUCUACAUUUACCAUAAACAUUGCGCUUAAUAAUGUGGGAGAAGACUUUCAGGGAGGUGGUUGCAAAUUUCUAAGGUACAAUUGCUCUAUUGAAUCACCACGAAAAGGCUGGAGCUUCAUGCAUCCUGGGAGACUCACACAUUUGCAUGAAGGACUUCCUGUUAAAAAUGGAACAAGAUACAUUGCAGUGUCAUUUAUAGAUCCCUAAGUUAUUUACUUUUCAUUGAAUUGAAAUUUCUUUGGACGAAUGACUGGCAUGAACACGUCUUUGAAGUUGUGUCUGAGAAUAUGAGAGGAAUAUUUAAAUAGCGUCAACAGAACAACUUCACUUUGGGCCAAACAUUUGAAAAACUUUUUAUAAAAAUUGUUUGAUAUUUCUUAAUGUCUGCUCUGAGCCUUAAAACACAGGUUGAAGAAGAAAAGAAAGAAAAAUCUUAAAUAUUUAUUUCUAUGCUUUGUUGCCUCUGAGAAAAAUGACAAUUUAUGAAUUUGUGUUUCAAGUUGAUAAAAUAUUUAGGUACAAAU